UGUCUGCGGCAUACAAGAUGUUUUUCUUCGCUCUACUUACAUUCACCACUUUUGCAACGACGUUGGCUACUGUUGAUCUGUGGUAUGUAGUUGGAGGGCAACGAUGCGCUCGUGUGGGUAUGAGUGUCACACUCCAGUGUACACUGAUGGGAGUUACCCUAACCUGGGAGACUCCUGACGGAGCACUCAACUUCUUCCGAGGAAGACAAAAUAACUCUUAUGCAGAGCUCCUACUAUGGCCAGCUCAUGGAACCAAAUGAUACUCAUCUUAUUUCAACAUUGACAUUCACCUUUACAACUGAGAUUACCAUCAACUGCUCUGAUAUAAGUUCAAUUGCUGGAACUACUGUCAUUGUUGAAGGUACAC